AUGGGCUAUUGCCCAUGUUUCGGGUUCAGGAAGGGGAAGAAGCUCAAGAGAGACACAGACGAAGAGAAAGACGUCGAGAAGACGACAAUACGCAAGCCUGAGGAGAAUGUGGCUCAAUUGUCUUCUGGAGAUGGAACUAAUGUUGAAAAUAAGGCUCAGACAUUCACCUUCCGUGAGCUUGCAACUGCAACUAAAAAUUUUAGGACGGACUCCUGUAUCGGAGAAGGUGGAUUUGGGGCUGUAUACAAAGGAAAAUUGGGAUCUGGUCAAGUUGUCGCUGUAAAAAAACUCGAUCAGACGGGUCUUCAAGGAGAAAAGGAGUUUCUGGUGGAGGUUCUCAUGCUUUCUCUUCUGCGUCACCCUAACCUUGUCAGUUUAAGUGGUUACUGUGCUGAAGGGGAGCAGCGCCUGCUUGUCUAUGAAUUCAUGCCCUUAGGGUGCUUGGCAGAUCACCUCCACUAUCCUCCACCUGGAAAGGAGCCACUUGAUUGGAAUACAAGGAUGAUGAUAGCUGCAGGUGCAGCCAGGGGAUUGGAAUAUCUUCACCAUGAAGCUGAUCCACCUGUAAUAUAUAGGGAUGUAAAAUCAGCUAACAUUUUAUUGGGCGAAGGUUUCUUCCCAAAGCUUUCUGAUUUUGGGCUUGCAAAAUUUGGUCCAACCGGAGAUAGAUCGCAUGUUUCCACCAGGGUCAUGGGUACUCAUGGUUACUGUGCUCCUGAAUAUGCUAAAAGUGGAAAGCUGACAGCAAAGUCUGACAUUUACAGUUUCGGGGUAGUAUUGUUGGAGCUGAUCACGGGACAUAAGGCGAUUGAUAGCAAUCUUGGUCGUGAGAAGCAUCUUGUUGAGUGGGCACGUCCUUUUAUGAAAGACCACAAGAAUGUUGCACAACUUGCGGAUCCACAGCUUAAAGGUCGCUUUUCAGUAUCUGUCUUGAAGAAAGCCCUUGAAGUGGCUUCCAUGUGUCUCAGAGAAGAUGCUGGUGCCCGGCCUUCAAUGAGGGAUAUUGCACUUGCUAUGGAUUACUUGGCAUCCCGUCCAUAUAAUGAACCAAAUGAGACCAACAAGGUUGAAGUAAAGGGUUCGGGGGAUAACUCUCCAGAUGAAACAACUAUGUUAAACAAGGAGUUGGAGAGAGAAAGAGCUGUUGCUGAGGCCAAGGUGUGGGGAGAGACUUGGAGAGACAAACGAAGACAAGGUGCACAAAUUAGUGAUGAUGACUUUAGAUAA